AUGAACACAUACGCUAAAAAUGUGUCGCGGCGGACCUUCCUCACAAUACUAUGGCGCCUCGAAAGCGAAGGCAAGGAGUACUUUUACUUGGACGAAACCAACUACAACACCUGGUGCUCGCGCGAAUACGGAUGGAGUGUCACGGGCAAACGUGCGGUCGUGAAGCGCACGACGUCGAAGGGCGAGAACAUGCAAGUUAUUGCGAGCAUUGGCCGCGGGGGGCUUGUUUAUCACGAGUCUAAAUUCGGAACAAACCGGGCUGAGCACAUGCACGAGUACGUGCGCGAGCUCCUCGGCGUCCUUGCCCAGUAUCUGUCGUUGGACGAUGUGAUAGUUUUGACAACGCUCCAUGCCAUAGUGGCAUUGAGGAUUCCCAUGCUGAAUCCAAUCGAAAACGUCUUCUCUGCGUUUAAGUCGGAUGUCAAGCGAAGUCUUCGCCAGCGGCGCCAAGAGCUCCUCACUAUUCCCCCCAACACCACCAUCAAAGCUCACCGCGGCCGCAUUCUUGAGGAAGCGUCGCAAGAAACUCUCCAAGUUGUCACACCAAGCCUGUGUGCCAAGUGCUUCUUGCACACUCGGAAGUUUUACGAAGCUGUGAUCAACUUGGAGGAUAUGCAGGUCGGUACUUGA